AUGAUGAAUUAUCAAACUACGAUGGAUUAGGUAUAUACAGAAGAUGAAUAACCAAUAUGCGACCCAUCAAAUUACACUCUUUAGUAUAUUUCUAGAAUGAUGAUAAUUUCAAUAUCCUUACUUUCAUCUGGUUUCAUAGGAUUGACUUGCGUAUUAAGUAGAAAAAGAAGCUUCUGGAUUUUUAAGAUAUUAUCGUUUUAAUCAUUGUUUGAAUGCACAGAUUUAUUAUUAGCUUUAAUUUUUAAUAGGCAAUUAAUGGAAGAAAAAACAUUAAUAUAACAUUGUGGUUUAAUUGGGUAUAUAAUGCAUAGUAGUUGGAUCUCAUCCUUUUUUUGCUGCUUAUUAAUGGUAUAUUAGAUGAAUCUAUUAUUAAAAGUACUAUCAUUUUUAAUUAAGGUUAAUAAAUUCUAUGAAACUUUAUCUAAAAAUGUAAUUUAUGUUUUGCUAUCGAUAUUGGUAUUACCUUAUUUUUGGUUACUUAUACCAUACCUUUUAAAUGAUUUUGUACCAACAGGAUGGAAUUCUUAUUAAAUGAAAUGUUCUUAAUACUUUUUUUGUGGAUUUGACAAAGAUUGGAUACUUUAUCUUAUCUUUUGGACUCUACCUUAAGUUGUCCUUUUUUUAUAUGGCUUCAAAUUAGUAAGAAAAGUAACUAAUUUGAUUAUUCAUUAGAAUUAUAAUUAAGCAUCACUUCAUUUAUCAACUUUUUAAGAUGAAGAAUUUAAAAUAAUUAAAAAACUUUAAGUAUUUCCAGAAAUAUAUUCAAUCGCUUGGAUUAUCAAUUAGUUAAUAAGGUAUAAGUAAAUUAAUUUAGAUAUGUUGAUAUUAUUCCAUAAAUUCGUGAAUUAUUUGUUAAUAAUGAAGUUGGGUAUGCUUUCUACAUCCUUUUAAAUUUAGUUUUUGAAUUACAUUUAGUGAUUGUUAUGAUUUAUUUUUUGAAAAAUUACAAGUAAGUUAAAUAACCCAUUAAUUUAUAGUAAAGUGUUGAAUGUUAAACAAAUAUGGCUUUCUAUAUUUUGUUGUCAAUAAAAAGUGGAAAGAUAACAAGAAGCUAGCCUGCUUUACGAAGAUGUUAAUUAGACUUCAUGA